CUGCUGACCUUUAAGCUAUCAGUGCCACUCCACUCGUGGCCUUUCUGUUUGGGCUUUAUCGCCACCGAGAUAAUGAGACGUUUCCUGACGCUGCCCCUGAUUGGAUGCGUGGGAGACCCUGGGCGCUGCAUGAUUGAGGGGGGCAGUGAGGAGGGUCUAGAAGAAUCUGCUGGUCUAUAUUAGCCGCUGUGAAUCACGGCGAGCCUGGCAUACCGGGUGUCCCCUUUCACGCCAUAUAAGUCCACCCCCCCUCCUUUCCCUGCAGACCCCCCUGCCCUGCCUCACCCCGCCUCACCCCACCGCCCCCCCACAAUGCCACACCACUGUCUGAGGCUAUUCUUAGGCUGUCACUUCAGCCCGUCCGAGCAGGCAGGUCCUCCUCUUUCUCCUCUCAGCUGCUGCGACUCGUUCUCUUCCUCUCCGAGCCGUCCCGUGUCUCCUGCAGCUGCCGGUGGGUUUUGUUCCAGAAACUCUGCUCUGACUUUGAAGGAUCUUUGUAGUUGUGUGGAAGAAGAAUGAGCACCUACACCGUGUCGCUGCCAGGCCCCGGGCCCUGGGGCUUCAGGCUGCAGGGGGGCAAGGACUUCAACAUGCCGCUGACCAUCUCCAGGAUCUCUCCAGGCAGCAAGGCGGCGCAGGGCAACCUGAUGCAGGGUGAUGUCAUCGUCGCCAUCGAUGGCGUCAGCACCGAGGGGAUGACUCACCUGGAGGCCCAGAACAAAAUCAAGAUGGCAAACUACAACCUGGCACUCACCAUGUCCAAGUCGAAGCGUCCGAUUCCGAUGGCGGCACCGAGAAUGGACGCCACGAUUCCCGUCGUCCCUCACCAGCAGGUUUUCCCCCCCGCCGCUCCACCUGCCGGCUUCAAUCCCAGCGUGCUGAUGGACUCCGCCCUCUCCACCAGCAAGCCCAUUGAAGUAAAAGGCCCCGGCGGUAAGGCCACCAUCAUCCACGCCCAGUACAACACGCCCAUCAGUAUGUAUUCACAGGACUCCAUCAUGGACGCCAUCGCGGGACAAACACAGACCAAGGGCCACGACGCUGGUUCUGUCCCAGUCAUGGACCGCCUCGUGGACAGCGCCUCGCUGGUCUAUCAGGCCGUCCAGAGCACAGAGAAGGACCCGGAGCUGAGCGAAUGGAGCCGCCGCAGCACCAACGUGCAGUCCAAGUCCUUCCAGGUCCUGGCCCACAUGACCGGCACCGAGUCCUCGCUCACUGAAGAGGAGGCGGCGGCUGUGAAGAGGAGCAGCCUGAAGAGACAGCCUGCCGCUGGUUUCGGCCUCCAGUACAGAGCUGCAGUCUCCAGCCAGUACGGUGCACAUCCUACCAUGCAGCCGGCGCCACAAGUUCCACACCCACAGCAGUACCAGCCAAUACCACAGCAAUACCAACAUGCACCUAUGCAGCAAGCUCCACAAGCUCGGCCCCCACAGCAGUAUCAACCAAUGCCACAGCAGUACCAACAACCACCCACACAGCAGGCUCCACCCACUCAACAGAGCUCAAUUCAGAUCCCUGUUGGCUCCGCCCCCCCUAAGGUAGUCAGUACUGCCUGCAUCUACCCUUCACAGCCAGCACCACCUAUGGCUCCAGCUGCAGUGCCACCGCAGCACCGCCCUCCAGCCGCCGCCCCGGCCCCGCUUCUGGCUGCUCCAGCAUCCUCCAACAGACCCCCGUGGGUGACCGACUCAAACUUCGCUGAUAAGUUUGACCCCGGCAAGACCACCUCCAGCACCAUCAAGGUGCAGCCACUGCCCCAGGCCGCCCCUCCCCCACCAGCGUACAUCCCUAACCCCUCCCCUGCUGGGCAUGCAGCUCCCAGCCCCGCCCCCAUCACCCCCAGCCCUGGACCCAUGACCUCUAGCCCCGCCCCCUUUCCACCUGUGGCCAGAGGCGUGGCCCAAAGAGCGGAGAGGUUUGCAGCCAGCAGUCGCACGCCUCUAUGCGGGGCCUGCAACAGCGUCAUCAGGGGUCCAUUCCUGGUGGCCCUCGGCCGGUCCUGGCACCCCGAGGAGUUUAACUGUCACUACUGCCACAUGUCUCUGGCUGACGUCAGCUUCGUGGAGGAACAGAACAACGUGUACUGUGAGAACUGCUACGAGGAGUUUUUCGCCCCGACCUGCGCUCGCUGCAACACCAAGAUCAUGGGGGAAGUGAUGCACGCCCUACGGCAGACAUGGCACACCACCUGCUUUGUGUGCGCUGCCUGUGGGAAAGCCUUUGGAAACAGCCUCUUCCACAUGGAGGACGGAGAGCCGUACUGCGAGAAAGAUUACAUCGCGCUGUUCAGCACUAAGUGUCAUGGGUGCGACUUCCCAGUGGAAGCUGGCGAUAAGUUCAUCGAGGCUCUGGGUCACACCUGGCACGAUACCUGCUUUGUUUGUGCGGUCUGCCACGUGAACCUCGAGGGUCAGCCCUUCUACUCAAAGAAAGAUAAACCUCUGUGCAAGAAGCACGCUCAUGCCAUCAACGUGUAAACCCGCCGGAUCACGCCUCAUCAUCACCACCAACAUGUGUGGAAACGCUGGCUUUUUUUCUUUUUUUUGUGCAAAUUUCAAAUUUCUGCUGCCUGAUGAUUCUGCUUCAGAUCCAUCCGACCCGUCGCAUCACGUACUGUGGUUUAUUUUUCUACCAGAAAAAGUGUGUGUGUGUGUGAGAGAGACUGCUGAGCUGCAGAAAUACAGGUGACUGUAGGGAGUCUGCAAGGUGCCAAAUUAAAUAUUAUAUUUUUUAGUGUUUAAUAAUAAUAAUCAAACUUAUAACAACAAAAAUAUUAAACUGGCUAAGCUAUGCAAUAAGGAUUAAAUAGAUAUUUAAGUAAGUCUAAAUAAUAAUAUUAUAAUAUGAGGAAGAAAUUCUUUCUAAUAAAUAUCAAAAACAGAGUGUAUGAAGUAUGUUUAUUUUUCUCUUAAACACGGGGUUAAAGUAGUGGGAUAUUUAGGGUUAAGAGGGUUAAGAGAGUUUUUUUUUAUUAUUUUGAUAAAGUUAUUAUUUUUAUGAAAAAAAAUGUCAGAAAUAAAAAUUAUUAUAAAGUUUUAUUAGUACUUUUUUUGGCUUGGUUUGUAGUGUUUAAAAUUUCAAGUUAACUUGUGAAUUAUUUCAUAUAAAUGUGAAAUUACAAAUUUAUUAUAAUUAAACGUUUUAGAGUGGCACUCUCUGGACUCCGUAUAGCGGAUAUUGUUCUCACCAUUUUUGGACUAUUUUUGGUAAUGUGCCUCUGUUGACUGUUUGAAUGCGACUUUAAUAUUUUUAUUUCCCUUUUAGACUAAAAUAAAAUUAUAUGAAAGUUUUUAUGAGGCAAUACGAAGUGAAACAACAGACUGCAGAGAAGCUGAAAAAUCUAUAAACAGCAGCAAAUUGGAGAUAAAAAAGACUGAGAAGUGUUUCUAGCGUUGCAACCUGUCGUCACUACUCCGACUCUGGGGGCAUGAACACACGACAGGUGACACGUUUCUGUGGCCCCGCCUGAGCAGGUGAACCUCCAGAUGUUUUAAAUGUGAAAACCGCAUCUAAACGCACAGAGAUACUGUGUGAGUGACGGAGUCUAGAUAAACUGGAAACGUUAAACUGACCACAGAAGCUGUUGGGCUCCAAGUGCAGGUGUGCUUCUGCUCUCACGCCGCACUAAGGUGCAUUUGGACUUGUUUGUUCAGGUGAACCUGCUCAGGUGAGACAGCUCUUCGACUUCACGUGCUUCGGGGGGAGAAAUAACCUUGAAUUUCAUAUUUAUUCGACAGUGUGAUCUUUAUUGAGACGCUAGUAUAUCGUCACUGCUGCGUGCAAAUGAUUAGUUAUUUGAUUCAUGUUUGUUUCAGAGCGUUUGGCAUCACGUGGUUAAGUUUGAGUACUGAUUUCAUGAUGAUUUAUGUGUGUGUGUGUUUUAACUACACUGUAAAUGUGAUGACCUUAGUCUGACUGUUAACAACACAAUGGCUCCGCUAAGGAUGGGUAUCGUUUAGGUUUUAUCCGAUACCGGUGCCAAAUCAGUACUUU